GUCGGCACGUGGAUUGAUCGGGACAUUGUGAUUGGCUAACGCACAAGACUUUUCCGAACUAAGCUAUCUGCGCGUUUUGUGCGAACACAUUGAACCUCCUGGUUCCAACCCUUUUCAAAGUUCGCAUUUACUGUGCCAGGUCCCCAAUAUGUCUCGUUAUCCAAACUACCUUUCACCCGACAUUACACCAACAUCAACGCCCUCUAAGCUCAAAUCCCAGAAAUCAAGGCAAAGACGCGAACCUUCAGGCGUGUUCUCUCUAUUCCAACCACCACAGAUCCAACAAUUCCGAGAGGCGUUCUCGUUGAUUGAUCAUGAUGGAGACGGGAUUGUGAACGAGCAGGACUUGAAGCACAUAUUUACUAGCCUCGGCAUCACACCGACAAAGAAUAUGAUGGAUGGCCUUCUUGCAGACCGUCCAGGCGACCGUCGAGGAAGUGCUGCCCACUCCCGUCUACCUUCGUUCGAAUCAGACUCGUCAAAUGACCGAGGAAUUACGUUCCCUAUGUUCCUCACCAUGAUGGGCGAACAUCUCUAUGACUUCGAUACGGAACAGGAGCUCUUGUCUGCUUUUGAAUGUUUCGACGAGAAUGAUACAGGUUUGGUGAAAUGCGAUGAGAUCCGGAAGUGGUUGGGGGAUGUCGGGGAGAGGAUGGACGCGGCGGAGGUACGUUCGCCUUCGAUCGACAAAUUCCUCAAGGGGCCAUUCACGGACCGAUCGGGGAACUUCAAUUAUCGAGAAUGGGUAAAGGUUUUGAGGAUCAACGCCGACGAGGAUGAAGAUGAGUCUCCUCAUUGAUUCGCUCGAAAUUCAACAUGGACAUAUCUCGGACUGCUUGCUGUACUUGUAAUGACCUGUGAUGACUUAUGACUGUAUACCCCAUUCGACUACUGGUAACGUGUUCUUCGGGUAACAUGGUGUUGCAUGUUCUGUGCAU